AUGGGAUCCGAACUCGGAAUUACCCCCGAUUCCAAGCCGCAGGCCGACUACUCGCCGGUGAGCAUAUGGUGGGCAUGCUGGGCAGGUGUGUGGACCGUCGCCGUUGCGUUUGGCGUGGCCUAUCUCAUCGUCCACCGCGACAUGCCUACACUUCGAAUCCGAGGACUCAGUCUGUCGCUACCUGCCAUCGUACUUCUUCAUUUAUACUGGGGAUGCGUCCAAUUCGGAACGAUGAUCGGUGCCAUCAUGCCCGGAGACGCCCAGUACUGGGUGAUGGGCAUCUAUUUACCCUGGGGCAUUUCGCUAUUCCACGCUUCGAACAGCAGGUUCCUUCACGUCGCGAAACUCCAAAAGAAAUAUGCCCACCAUGAUAGCCGCCAUCCUGACCCCGUACCCGAAGUGAAACCCAAAGGCGGCUUGAUCAACCGCUUUCGUCGUCUGGAUUAUACUAAAAAGACCCUCGUUUGUCUUGCGAUCGCAAUCCCCUUUCAGUUAUUUCUUACAGUCCUGAUGUGGGUCAUUUCCCGCAAGUGGCACAGCUCCUGGGGCAUUCCUGGCACUGAGGUUCACGGUACCCCAAUGGAGCAGGCGAUGGAGAUGGGUCGGGGCUGGGAGUGGUGGCCUAGUGUGCUUGGGCAGUUGUUCUGGUCCUGGAUCGUUGCCCCCAUUGUUCUGUGGAAGUCUCGUCACAUCCACGAUACCCAAGGCUGGCGAGUUCAGACAAUUGGCUGUGCGAUUGCCAACCUCCCCGCUACCCCAAUGUGGCUUAUCGGUCUUUACGUUCCCGGCAUGGAGGUGGUCAACCAGUACUGGAUCCCUCCGCAGUGGAUCUGUCUUUCCAUCUUGGUCAUGGAAAUCUUUACCGUCUUCCUUCCCUGCUGGGAAGUGAUGCGCUCCAAGUCCCUACGUCGCGAGACCCUCGACGCGAUCGCACAGUGGGAGUCAAAGAAAGAUACCACCGGCCCCGAUGGCAAAUCCCUCGGCUCAAUCUCCACAAUGGUCGACUCGAUGAUGUCGGGUUGGAAAUCCAACAACGACUCCGUGGAGACCGCCACUAGCAACCGCGAGAGUAUCCUAACAAUGGGUGCCCUCGAACACGUCCUCGCACGCAACCCUGGCCCUCUCCAAAAAUUCUCCGCCCUCCACGACUUUUCCGGCGAGAACGUCGCCUUCCUUACCAGCGUCGCCGAAUGGAAGAGCUCCCUACCCAAGGCCGUCCACGACAACACCGCCCCCAACGACGACAACACAAGGGCGCUGAUCCGCGAGAAGUUCAACCGCGCAUUACGCAUCUACACCCAGUUCAUCAGUGUUCGGCACGCCGAGUUUCCCGUCAACAUAUCCUCGCAGGAUCUGAAGAAACUUGAGAAUAUCUUCGAGGGUGCCGCUUGCACCCUGUACGGCGAAGAGAAUGAGGUCGAUCCCGCCACUCCUUUCGAGACCCCGGGCAGUUACCCUAUGAAAUCGCCCAUGUUGCCUACUUUCCAGGAUCCGGCGAAGAAACCAACGACCAGUUCGGAGUCCCUUAUCAGCGACCGGGUGCAGUACUGGGGUGAUGUUCCGGAGGAUUUUGGUCCGAAUGUCUUCGAUAACGCGGAGGAGAGCGUCAAGUAUCUCGUUCUGACGAAUACGUGGCCGAAGUUUGUCCGGAACCUAUCUUUGCAUUAUAAUCGAUCGUUUGACUUGUGA